AUGGUAUCCCUUUGGCCUUUCAAGGGCGAGGACAACUCCCCAGCCUCAUUCGAAAAGGCCUUGUCUGCGUUGGCAGCCAAGAUAUCAAAGUCGCAGACCCAGCUCAGCUCUCUACAGCAGCGAGGGCGUCGUCUAAAGGCAUUGUGGACUCUCUACAGCAGCUUCGCCUACCUUCUUUGCUUCAUCAUUCUGUUUCUGGUGGUGGGCUGGCGGAACUGGACUGCCUUGGAAUAUACCGCUGUUGCUGGAAGCCCAUUGGCCAUCUGGCUUAUUCGCAGUGGGAUUACUGCAUACUAUAACCUCCGGGUGGACAUCAUCACGCAGAGACUAGAGGAUCAGCGAGCAGAACGCGCGAAGACAAUUGAGAAACUGAAGGCGGCAACAAAGUACGAUUCUACUCAGGAAUUGCUUGAGAAGUAUGGGGGCGCACCGCCCAAACCUAAGCCCAAGCCAGAAAGGAAAAGCACACCUUCGACGAGUUCAAAACAAGCACAGAAGCAGCCACAAAGAACAUCUCUGGGACCCCCUCCACCGACUGCCAAUAUUCCAAGACCUGAUAAUAUGCCACCACCCAAUCAGAUCAUAAGCCAGCCUUCAACUCCCCAGCCGUUUCGGAGACAGUUUGAUCCCUACGCCGCUCCACCUCCCGCGUUCGCCAGUCCACAAGCCGAAUUUGCACCCAACGCUUUCCCGGCCCCUCCACAAUACGCUCUUGGUGAUUCUACGAAUCUCGACGGACACUGGUACGACAGGGUACUGGAUUUACUCCUAGGUGAAGAUGAGACGUCGCCGAAAAACCGCCUGGUGUUGAUAUGCCAGAACUGUCGCCUCGUCAACGGCCAAGCUCCUCCGGGAACCAAAACCCUUUCAGAUCUAGGAAAAUGGAGGUGUUUUGGCUGUGGUACGCUCAAUGGCGAGGAGGACGAGGCCGUGAAAGCAGUCAAGGAAAUGAAAGAAAGGAUCACGGAGACGCAUGAUGAGUCGACAUCAGCACCGGAAAGUAAAAGCGAGUUGGGAUCAGAUGCUGCGGAA